AUGUAAACAAUUGAAAAGGAAGAAGUAAAAUUAUAAAUUUCUAAAAGAGAUUCCAUAUUUCAAAUUUUGUUAGAAACUGGGUGGUGUUAAAAUGAAGGAUAUUUAUAUAUCACCCACAAAGGCAGCAACAUUUCUUCAUUUAAUUAAUAAUGUAAGUUUCUUAUUUGUAAUAAUUAAAUAGAAAUGUCCUAAAUAAACAGCAAUUCAAUUUGCUUAAAGAAGAUUAUGUAAAUGGGAUACAACUACAAAAUUAGAUGGCCCUAGUACAUGUCGUAUUUUAAAACCAAAAGAUAAUAAAGAUGUAAUUGUUAAAGUUUAUUAAACUAAUUAGAAAAGAAUCAAUGGAUGGUAAAAUAUUGGUAUGGAAAUGUAUUAUGAUAAUAAAUCAACUAUAGCUGAUAAAAAUUAAUUAUAAUUAGAUUUUGAUAAUGAUGCAAUUUAAAAGUAGAUAGAAAAAAAUGAGAUGAAAUUAAAGAAUGAUUUUAAAAAUAAAAUAGCUCAUUUGUAAUAAUUUUAUAGAGAUUUAAAUCAAAAAUAUUGUUUUAAUUCAAACGAUCCUGAUUUCAAAUAUAAAAUAAGGAAAGCUAAAUUAGAUUUAAUAAAUAGUAGAAAUUCACCAAUCAAAUAUUUUAAGGAAAAAGGUAUGAAAUACAUUGAAAUUUAUAAUGAAUUAAAUAAAAAGAAUAUAAAUGACACAAGUGAUGGUCUUUUUAAACGUUUACGUGUAUUUAAUUAAAUGAGAACUGAUUAAUACAGAAUAAAAGAAAAAUCAAUGGGUGAAAUUUAUAGAUAAAAAUAAGAAAAUUAUAGUCCUAUUCAUAAAGAACUACAACAUGAUAUAAAUAUUUAUGAAAAUAUGGAAGAAUAAAGUGAAUAGAUGUUAAAGAUAAUAGAUUAGAGCAAUGAAUUUUCAAUGAAACUUAGAAAAAAUGAAUAAAAACCUGGAGUUUCUUAGAAAGCAAUAGUAUUUGCUGAAGAUUUUAAUAGAGCAAAAUAUCUAUUCAAUUUAACAAAAAAGAAUCAGACAUAAAAAAUGUUUGAGAUCCCAGAAAUUCCAUAAUUAGUAAUACCAUAGAGUAGUUCAUCAAUAAGAUUGAAGAAGAAUUUAUCAUCUCCUGUAAGUUUAGAUGAACAAUUUGAUAGUUGUUUAAAUUAAUAUGCUCAUGAAGUAUUGGAAUAUUAAUAAGAAAUAUAAGAUAAGGAGAUCUCAACUGAUAACAUUGAAAAGUUAUUAUAAGAGAAGGAAAGUUUAAGAUGUAAUUAAUUGAGAAAAGUGUCAAAAACAUAUCAUUCUCCUUAACCUAGUAUUCGUUUAGAUUCUAGUAAAUAAAUGAGGAAUUAACAUAUGUCUUCAAGAGAAAGAGAUUCCACUAAAGCUGGUAAUUCUUCUCAUUUAAAAUCAAGAACAUAUGCUGUAAGUCCUUUUUAUAAAUGAUGAUGAUGUGAUAUUAUAUUUCUACUUUCAAUAAUUCAAAUUAUUAUAAUGA